AGCGAGCAAGGAAGCAACAUAAGAGAAUCCAUGGUUGCAUUCGCGUCUAUUUCCUGGGCACGCUUAAAAGCUGGUCAUAUCCUUCCGGUGAGCUCCAGAUUGAGGCAGAAUUUGCUAUCACCGGUGAAAGUAGCAGUACCAACAGUAUGUAUGGAGAAAGGCAACAAAUCUAUUUCCUUUGGAGACAAAUUGCUCGACUACAUCGAAGGAGGCCCGAAAAUGAGGAAGUGGUAUGGAGCACCAGAUGUGCAAUCUACCAAGUUUGCAGAGGAGAAAAAAGAAGACGAUAACCAAGACGAAGAAGAAGAAGAAGAGGGAGGAGUUAGAGAUGCUGUUCUUGUUACUGAUGCAGACAGCGAGACUGGUCAGUUAGUGGUGCUGUCUCUCAUUGUCCAACGCUGUCGAGUUCGGGUUCUAGUUCGCGACGUGAAACUUGCCACCAAUGCUUUUGGUUCCUAUGUGGAGCCCAUCGUUGGCACUGUGAACGACAGGGGGAGUCUGAUCAAAGCAUGCAAGGAAGUGCGAGCCAUUAUAUGCCCAAAGAAGCUGGGAGCUCUGGCUGAGAAUGACAAGAAGAUGUUGAAAGGAGUGGAACACAUUGUUUACGUCUCAGAGCUCGCAAGCUCCCGCGCAGCAAGAGGCCUCCAGUCACUGCUCCGGUCAGGAUCAGCACAAGACGCUCUCCGAGACGAAGCUGCUCUCGCAAAACUCGGUGUUCCAUACACCAUACUCCGGCCAGCGAUGCUAAGAGACGAACCAGGCGGUGUCAGGGGUUUCAAGGUCAGGAGAGUUGAUCAAGUGGAAGACAGCUCCGGGAUCGAAGGGAUGAUGAGCAGAGAAGACGCGGCACUCUUGUGUGUCAAAGCACUGGACGCAAGGCCCCAGCAAGCACUUGUUCUAGAGAUCGCCAACAUUGAUGCGCAAGCGAGAGAUGUAGAGGCGGUAUUCGGAGGUUGAGAACAUCUUGUAAAUGUCUACAGUGUAUCCAAUUCUAGGGUUCUUGGGAGGA